AGACCGGGAGGACUGGGAGCUGCGCGGGAGGAUCGGCCCGGGAGAGAGUAGGUGUAGGGACCUCUUGGUAUUGGGAGGGAUCGUAUCACGUGGCAGAGGGACCCGAGAGGGUCCGGAGCAGGAAACCUGAUGAGAAAGAGAGGGGGGGGGGGGGGGGGGGGGAGAAGGAAUGUCUCUAUGGGAGGGGUUCCUGCAGAGUCACUAGGUGGGUUCCGGUGCCGGAGCUUUAACGCUCCGGGGUGGCGUGACGUCCGAUGGAGAGGCUCGCUGCGGAGUCAGGCUCGGAACUCAUCAGGCGAACCAUGGGCCGGGCCGGGGAAGGUGUUAAGUCAGUUGCAGGUCCGAUCUCUGGGUACUCCAGGAGCUGCUCUCCAGCCCCUGCUUCUGAACCUAUGGAUUCUCCAUCUAGCGUUUCCUCCUAUUCUUCCUCCUCUCCCCCUUCCUCCUUUUCCACCUCCCCGGUGAACAGUGACUUUGGCUUCCCCUCGGAUAGUGAGGGGGAGGAGAAGGGGGCCCGUGGCCCCAGGCCGGACACUGUUGGGCAGAGGGGAGGCUCUCGGCCCAGCCCCGGUCCUAUCCGCUGCAGGCAACGACCCAAGGUUUCCAGGAACCAACGUACAGCAUCUCACUUGGAACAGCGGGGCUUGGCUUCUCCUAUGGCAGGGUCUGGGGUCAAAAGAUCAAGAGAUCGCCGUGCAUUGGAGACCAGUCUAAACAUCCGUGGUACAACCACAGAAGGAGACCUGCUCUUUGCUCAGAAGUGUAAAGAGCUCCAGGGAUUCAUACGUCCUCUCACAGACCUCCUGAAUGGGUUGAAGAUGGGCCGCUUUGAAAGAGGAUUGAGCAGUUUCCAGCAGAGUGUGGCAAUGGACAGGAUCCAGCGUAUCAUAGGUGUUUUGCAGAAGCCACAGAUGGGGGAGCGUUAUCUGAGAACUCUGCUACAGGUAGAAGGAAUGCUAAAGACUUGGUUUCCUCACAUAGCUGCCCAGAAGUCAUCAUUGCGCAGUAGCAGGCAUCAGCUGACCAAGCAUUGUCUGAGCCACCGCAGUUAUCCAGCUGCUUCCUCUCCUGCACCUUCCCUGGAAAAGAUGGAACAGACACAGCUAGGACAUCUGGUAUUAAAACCAAAGCAGCCUUGGCAUCUCCCUCAAUGGCCAGCUAUGAACCUCACUUGGAUCCACACCACUCCAAUUUGCAACCCCCCUCUCAGUACUCCAAGUACUGUCUCCUUUAGCCAGGGUCCUUUAGGCACCGGAACCAGCAUUGGUGUCAUCUUUUUCCUUCAGCAUGGAGAGCAGCCUUUUACCCACUCUGCCCCGACCAGUCCAGUUCCACCUACUACAGCAUCUCCUGCCAUCCCUGGUUAUCCUAAGAAACUAUCUGGAGAGAGACCUCGUUGCCACAGUUUGCCAGUAACUCUGCAAUCAGACUGGAGCUGUCCCCUGUCCCCUCGUGAUCUUCCCACCAUGGCCAGAGAGAAGACUGUGGGACACCUAGAACAAAUGAGAAGCCAUCCUCCAGUUGCUCCUGAUGUCCAUCCUCUCAACCCCUAAUCCAAGACUUGAGACUGUAGUUUCUAAUUUGUAUAAAUAUAUGUCUGUACAUAUAUAUGUGUGUGUAUGUAUGUGUGUGUGUGUGUGUGUGUGUAUUACUUUUAAUGUGUGCAUUUGUGUUAAGGGAAGAGAAAUCCUUUCUGAUUAAAGAAAUUUUAUACCUAAA